AUGCUAAUCAUCUGGGAAGGCUCUGUGAUUGUGAAUGUGGGUGACUUUCUGAUGCGAUGUCCAGCGUCGCAGACCCCCAAGGAGAUCGGGUUCAGUCGAACUGCUGAUCGCAAGAAGGUGGUUCAAUGCGUCAAAGAGCUUGAGGGGCCUGGCGCUCAAUACCUGGCCGUCUCCGCUGAGGAGUAUCUCACCAUGCGGCGAAAGGCAACAUUCAAGAAAGUCUAG